AUUUGCUUGUUGAUCUCAGUUGGAGCCCCAGUGAGUACCAGUUCACUGACUCGAGUGAUUAGUGAGGCGUGGUUUUGUAAGUCGUGAAGCGCGAUCCGUGUUGCGUGACGAACUGAAGAUCGCUGCGAACAGGUAUGUUGUUGAAACUGGCGUUUGUUGGGACUAUCCUCUUCUUCAGCUGCUCUUGUUUCGUCGCUGGAGAAGCAGCGUCGAGUACGCAUGCUGGUUGGGAACGUGGUGCCACAGAAGGAAGUGGCGAUACAUCGCACUGGCCAGACGGAAUCAACGACGACGAAGAUGAUGUUCGCGGCCGGUCAAACACGCAGGUAGAAGGCUCUGGUGGUGUACCGAGUAGGAAGAUCGAUGAUGACGACUUGGAAAGCGCUCCUCGUGGAGUGGAAGGUUCAGGCGACGGUUCUCCCGCUAUUACGUACCCGAAACCGAACGACAAUGUAUGGGAAACUCCUUGGAAGCCCGCUGCGAAGCCGGAUAGCAAAUCGUCCGGGAAAAAUAGUGGUAACGUGAAUAAGAAUACGAACGGUGACAUCACGUUGCCCGGAUCGAUCAAUGAGGUGGCGGAGUCGCAUCCUGGAGGAAGUUCGUCAUCUGGAGAUGUGAACGCGGCUGAUUCCGGAAAGCCAGGACAGGACGUGCACAUCAUUGGUCAUGUGAGCAACUCGGACAGACCUGCAUCUUUCUUCGCACAGCCGGGGAUUCUCGCAGCUGUCAUCGGCGGUGUGGUUGUGGGGCUGCUAUGUACAGUCCUGCUGCUGAUGUACAUUGUCUACCGCAUGCGGAAAAUGGACGAGGGUUCGUACCCGCUGGAGGAGCCACGGAAGACGCCGUCGAACAAGCAGUCACAAGAGAUUGAUUGUGAUGCUGCUUCUUGGUUCCAUCCGAGCGUGGUGUUCUGCGGCCAAGAUGAUGUAAUGGGAGUUAUAUCGCCGCCGCGGCGAGGCUGGUAG